AAGAAUGAAAAUCAAUGUGAUUGUUUCUCUCCAGGAAUGAUCCAGGCAUUGGGUGGUUUUUUCACAUAUUUUGUAAUCCUGGCUGAGAAUGGAUUUCUCCCAUUGGAUCUAAUAGGAUUGCGUGUGAAAUGGGAUGACCGGUGGAUCAGUGAUGUAGAAGACAGUUAUGGUCAACAGUGGACUUAUCAACAGCGUAAAGUUGUGGAGUUCACCUGCCACACUUCCUUUUUUGUCAGCAUUGUGAUUGUACAGUGGGCUGACUUAAUUAUCUGUAAGACGAGAAGGAACUCCAUCUUCCAGCAGGGAAUGAAGAACAAAAUUCUCAUCUUUGGUUUGUUUGAGGAGACAGCACUUGCUGCUUUCCUUUCAUAUUGCCCUGGCACUGAUGUUGCAAUCAGGAUGUUCCCACUCAAACCAAACUGGUGGUUCUGUGCCUUUCCAUACAGUCUUAUCAUAUUUCUUUAUGACGAAAUGCGAAGAUUCCUCAUCCGUAGGAACCCUGGAGGUUGGGUGGAAGAGGAAACGUAUUACUAGAAGAACAAAUGCUAGUAAAUUUCAUCAGUUUGUUUGUCUGCCUUAACGAUUAAACAUUUACUAAAGUGCUAAUUGUGGUGAAUGGAGAUAGACUGUUUUGUAAGAAACAAAACUGAAAACGUCAGUGGUUUUAUAUAAACUUUUUACAAGUAUAAUUUAAAUAAAUUGGAUUAUGUCAGUGUUGUGUGUACUCUUUUUGUAUUUUAAUUGCACAACCAUUUAAUAUACACCAAAUGCAAUGGGUAAUAAAACUAUUUUAAAUUA